AUCCUUCCUUGCUGCACCCAAAAAAAAAAAAAGGAAAAAAAAAAGAAAAAAAAGUUUAUAUAAAGGUACGUGUGUUAGCUGUACAUCUAUGUCUCUCUGUUGAGAUAACAAUUCAAGUUGGAGCUGGUGACGAAGGAAGAGCAACUGCUGCAUUGACAGAAAGCUGAGUGAAAAUGAUGGAGCCGCAGAGCAGGAAAAGAGGGAGGGAAGGAGAUAUGGAAGACAAGAAGAUUGACACCUCAGACAACUCCUCGAGGAGGCAAUUAGGUGGUGUUAGUUAUGAGCACAGCAACAAUCACGAGGAUCACAGAGACAAAAAGCUAGAGGAUAAGAGUAAUUGCCAUGAUGAAGCUUUGGACGAGUGGGAUUAUUGCAUGUCCUCCUUGGGAGUGUUUGAUUUCCCAUGGCUGAGGGAAGGCGAUGGCAUGAUCUUCGGGUCGGAGGAGGACGGCGAGAGCAGAGUCGAGGACGCGUUCGCGUUCUCGCUCUCGCUGUCUUUCACGGCUGACCAUGGCAUGGAGUUCUGCGAGCCAUUGUCGUGCCAGAACUCGGCCUUUUGCUAG